AUGAAUCAUUUCAAUCCAGAAUUUAACAGUAAAAGCCGAGAUCAAACUAACUUGGAAACCACAGCAACAAUCCAUUUUCGUCAACCAAUUCAUUUACGUGGUGGUAAUAUUCAAGCCCAAAAUCAAGAUCAAUGCCAAACAUUUAUUUCUCAAGGACCACCGCCGCCACCACCGUAUACCGGUAGAAUGGAUCCUAAUCAACCUAGCAUCAUGACAAGUCUACUUCCUCAUCCAUUAGGCGAUGAACAACAAUUUGGUACGUCGGUUGCGCGACAUUAUUCUAUCCCUUUACAACAUCAAGAUCCGCGUCAUCGCCAAGUUUUGCCUCAUGAUCGUCAAGAAUUAGGUAACCACUUCGGUCAAAUGGAUGCCACUUUUCCACCCAAUGUCCACCAUGGAAUGGUGGAUUCAAACGCCGGCAAUAGUAUUUAUGCACCUCCACCGCAAUUACGACCCGGUGUUGGCACUAAUGAAAUUUUAAAUGUAACGGCACUUAUUUACCCGAACCGCGAUGAUCAACAGAUAAGCUAUAACAGCAAUAACUCGCCUUUAUAUGGCAUUAUCGAUGCUAACGAAAACGGUAAUAGGUUGGGUAGGACUAAAAACUUUAGCAACAAAUGCGGCAACGUUAAAUACACCCCUUACAAAAAUGAUCUAACUACUGUGGAGAUCUUGAUAAACUGUGAGACACAACGGCGAGACAUUGUCAUGUUUAUCUAUAACCGUCCGAAUGAUCGAUUUACUUACCGCUAUAUUGUACCUAUAUCCAUCUAA